AUGCUUGGCAGAACGGUCUCCGUUUCUCAUGCCAUCCGUCGUACACGAGCAUCACUGACGAACUUUAUCAUGACCCAUGAAUACACCCUAUCACGACAAGGCAGCAGCGAAGGGCACAGGACCCCCAUUACCUACUCGAAAGAAGCACCAUGGCUCGGACGAAGCCAGCAGCACUCACCGGGUGCUCGCUGUGAGCUCCAGAAUCACAAGACUGUCUCAGCCUGGCGGCAAAGACAUGUGCACGGCAAGACUGUCUGUCUCGAGGUCGUUAUCACCGAACUCCAUGUCGAGACCAUGACGAUGCCUCAGCCAAGCCCUACAAUCGCUAACCCGAUCUCUUUCCUCGAUCUCCCUCCCGAACUUCGAAACGAGGUCUAUCAUCUCGCGCUCAUUGCAGAGCGACCUUUACGCGUCGAAGAACGUGGCAGGGCCAGACCUCCAUCUGCAUAUCGUAAUGCCCUCACGCCUGCUCUGCUCCAGACCUGUCGAACGAUCUGGAAAGACGCUGCUGCAAUUGUGUACUGGAAUCAUGCUUUCGUCGGCUACGCUCAUGCCCUGGGUACUUUUGUGCGCAAGCUCAGCAGCAGCUGGGACUGGGCAAGUCGCCUGCGCUACCUCAAAGUCGAUCGAGGCAUGACCAAGAAAGAUCUAGUAUAUCUGCUCGCCAGCCUGCGGAAAGCUACUGGUCUAAACUAUUUAGGCAUCUUCUACCAAGACGUAUGUCCCAAAUAUGGACCAAAAGAGAUGGCAAAAAAGCUGGGGCAUUUGGCCAGGGCGUUUCGUAGUGCGAAAGAGAGGCAUCCGGCAGUGCAGGACUUUGUCGACAUAAUUGAGUUCUAUAGCGAAUGGAUCGGCAGCGAAUCAUCAAUGGACAUGACCAGACCUGGUCGACCACGAGCUAUAAGAGAAUACACUCUACAAUUUGCCGAUAUUAGCGCUUCAGUGGGGUCUAUCAGGACACGGCAUGGAAGUGGCAUUAUUUCUUCGGCUGGCGGCGCGACGACAGCAUCCAGUUGGAGUAAAACUGGUCUCUUUGCCCCAAGCUUAGGAACCUCCAGCACGUGUCUUCCAACUUUCGCGAAUUUUGCUGCAAACUAUGUUAUCCGGCAUGCCAAACAUCUUCUCUCUGCUCACUGGGCGAUGCAAAUCUCAUGGAAUAUCGUUUUCCUCCGUCUCUCCCGAUCUAUUUGCGUUGUCCUCAUUCUUCACGAGCUUAAUUUGUGGGCUAAGGCAGCUUGUGACAGCGAGGUCCUCACAGAAAGCUGCCUGAUAUAUAAGCUUCGACUUCGAACGACUAUAAAUCGGCAAGAACUAUCAUCAAGCAUGGCCUUUUCGACAGCAUCUCACCACAACAAAAAUAUGUCGCAGCAACAAGAGCCACCGGCAUCAUUUCUCGCCCUCUCAGCAGAGCUGAGAAAUCAAAUAUACAGACUAGCGCUAUGCGCCGACACUGUAAGUAACCCACGGUUUCCGGCAAGACUACACACUAACGCAUCGCAGAUGCCAAAAGAAUACCUGAACAUGCAACCAAUCCCCGGCCCCAAGAAAUUCACGCUAUACGUAGAGCAUCCCUGCCGCCCAGAGCGCGUGCCUACAAAUCACCAGCUCUCCCCAAACCUCAUAGCUUCCUGCAAGCAAAUCCAAACCGAGUCAACCUCGAUCUUAUACGGAGAGAACGCGUUCGCUAUGCCUGUCCUCACCUUCCUCAACUUCAAAGACCAAAUUCUUCCCUUCGCAACACACGUCCGCUUCCUGAAGCUCGAGCUCGACGCUCAAGAGAGUUCGGCUCUUUCGCGCUCGUGGGGACGCGGGUGCGGGUAUAUUUCAGCCGCGGCGUAUAAUCUUGAAGAGGCUUUUGGAGCGAUUGUGGGGUUUCGGGAGCUGCGGAGUUUGGAGAUUGAGGUUAUGAUUAAGACGAGUGAUGGAGGUGGCGGUAUCGAGAAUAUUGCGGGAAAUAUUUGGGGUGUGGUGAUGUUUUUGAUGAGAGGUGAGGGGAAGGUUGUCUCCAAGGUGAGAGAAGUUAUCACAUUGAGCUUUAGGCUUCCUUCGAGCGUGCAAAUGGAGGAGUAUGAGGAUAUGUGUGAGAAGGCGGAGGGGUUGUUGGAAGGGGUUUAUAAGGCGCUUGAGGAUGCGGUUCUUGGAGUCGAAAUAUGA